ACCGGGGUGUUGUUUUGUUAGGUUAGGGGAUUUUGUAAACAGCAAGCGCUUGGCUAGGAGGAAAUUGCGAUAAAACGAAUAAAUUGGAGCAGUGUUGUUGCGAGGAAGAAUCCAUCACCCAUUGGCGACGCUAGUGCAGUUCACCAUGUCCAGCAUGGAAACCGACGACCUGAUCGAAGAGGACUCCGUUGUGCUGGUUUCGGAAGACGAUGGCACUUCCUCGGAUGGAAGCCACACGGAGGACGAGGAAACCGAGGACGAAGAAGACGAGGCAGAUGAAACCGCGGAAUCGAAACACAUUAAACAGUACAUCGAGAUACUUACGAAGAUCGCGGGGGACAAGUACAACUACGACAACUACGUUCAGCUGCUGGAAGUUGCACACGAAAUGAACGAUCUGGACAAGAUCCGCCAGAGUGCGGAGAUCUUUGCCGCCAUGUUCCCACUGUCGCCGGACAUCUGGUUACGGUGGCUGAAGAUUGAAUCAUCGCUUGCUACGAACGAUGAGCAGGUGGAGAAUGUCGAGAAACUUUUCAUCCGAGCACUGACCGAUUACUACUCAGUGGAUGUGGCGACGGAAUUUGCCCGAUUGGCGAUGAACACAAGCAGCAAAGAGAUUGCCGAGCGCAUCUGGAAGGUGCUCAUACCGACGUACGGUCUUCACACCACCAAAGGCCGCUCCAUCUUUGAGGCUUACCGCGAGGACGUGUUGGCGAAGAACGGAGAUUCCGCCGAGAGCUUCAACCGGGUUGCCAGAAUCUAUGAGCAGGAGCUAAAGGUACCGCUGCGCGGUAUGGAAGAUUCCUGCAUUGAGUAUAAGCUGCUGUGCGAGAAAUACAAAUCGGUACUGACAGAUCUCGAUGAGGAAAAGUUUGAACGGCGUUAUAAGCAAGCGAAGGCCGCACUGCAACGUAUGAUACCGCACGAAGAUGCGCUAGCAGCGCUGGAAUCGCAUGAACACCAGCAACGAGCAGAACUCUAUCGCAAGUACAUCGCAGACUGCCGCUCCGAGCUGGACGAUGAUGAGGUGCAAAUACUUUACGAACGCUCCGUUGCCGAGUGUUGCCUGGAUGCAACGGUCUGGGUGGACUAUCUGCGCUACCUACGCAACUGUCCACCCGAUGUGGACGAGAACGUUUCACCCGUCUUUCGGCAGACCGAAUUGGAUCUGGUGAAUCGUGCACUACGGAACUGCACAUGGAGCGCCGAACUGUACGUCGAGAAGAUGCGCAUCGUGGAGCGUGAGCAGCAGAACCGUUCGAAGAUGACGGUCGUAAAGAUCAUGGAGGACGUGGCGUCCGCGGGCCUACAGACACCGGAAGCCUCGGUAAAGGUGUGGCUCGAGUAUUUAACCUUCCUCCGCCGGCACACGGACUUUAAGAGUGAAAAGGAAAGGGAAAUAUUGCGGGCCAAUUUCGAUCUCGCCUGGAAUCAGCUCGGCCGAACGUGGGGUGUGCUUGCGGAUCCACAGUGCAAGAUUCUCCAGUUCUGGGGCAGGCUUGAGUACGAAGCGCUCGCCGAACCAAAUAAGGGUCGCGAUCUGUGGCUGAGUGUGAUGGAGAGUGCCGAUAAUGCUACGAAAGCUGGCCUAUGGAUUGAGUUUACCGAACUAGAAGCGAAGCGGAAUACUGAUGCAGUACGAAAGCUGUACCGCAAGUCGAUCACCACGGUUGGACUGGAUGAUCCAGAGACGCUGGCUGCCGCCUGGUUACGAUUUGAGCGCUGUAAUGGUACGCUCGAGCAGCUCGUCAGCUGUCAAGAGCUGUGUAACGCCACAAUCGAAAAGUACUACAGCACAUUCAUCAAGCCACUGCGUCCGGCGGGCAAGGGAGCGAAACAGAAGGCCGACGGAGCGCCGGGCAAAGAGGCGACGAAUGCUGCGACCACAGCAACGACAGCUGUCGAUGGGUCAACGGCGAGGAAAAAUCUAAAACGAACGCACGAUCAGGAAUUCAAAGUGCCAGCCAUUCCACCAGCCAAUGCCGAUAACACGCCAAAGGAUAGCGCGGACAAGAGCUCCGGUGCCGAGACUGAGCCAACUGAAUCCCCGUCGAAUGGUGAUGCCGCCGCGAAGCGCGCUAAGCUCAACGAUCCGAGCCUUGAAUCGCGCCAGGUGUUCAUCAGCAACCUUAGUUUUGAGGCGACGGAGCAAGAGAUACGCAGCGCAUUCCCGGAGUUAUCGAUCGAAAGCAUUGAGCUGGUGCUGUCUAGCUCGGGUAAAAGCCGCGGCUUCGGUUAUAUGCUACUGUCGAGCGAAUCGGAUGUUGCGCAAGCAUUGAGCUUCGAUCGACGCCCGCUCGCCGGUCGACCUAUGUUCAUCUCCAACGUGGCCCGCGAUAAAGCUAACCGGCAGCAUCAGUUUAAGUACGCGUCGUCAGUAGAACCGAACAAACUGUUCAUCAAGGGCUUACCGUUCGAGCUGGGCAAGGAUGAGCUGCAGCGACUGUUUGAACCGUUCGGUACCAUUCGCGACAUACGCAUCGUCUGCUUCCGCAAUGGACGUUCGAAGGGUCUCGCAUACCUGGAAUACGAGUCGGAGGCGGCCGCGAAGCGGGCCGUCCUCAAGAUGGAUCAACAUGUAAUCGAUGGUUUCACCAUUACCGUUGCCAUCUCGGCACCGCCACCGAAGAAAACAGAGCCGGCAAAGAACUCCAGUGCAUCCGGAGAUGAUACAGCUGCUGGCACCAGUAGCGCAAGUCUCGGUUCCGGUAAACGGCAGCUUGCAAAGGGCGAUGUGAAACAGAAACUCUCAGCGAUGAUUCCAACCGCGGUACUAAAACGAACAACGGCACCUGCACCGAAUGCGGAUACGGAAAAGCCCAAAUCGAAUGACGAUUUCCGGAAAUUGUUGCUAAAGUGAAAAAGGAUGGGCAACAAGUGAUUUCUUUUUACACCCCGCAUUCAGAGGGCUCCCAAAGAGAAACCAAUUUCAUUUCUGGCCAAAAACAGCCCGUCUCCAUCAUUCGUUGCCCUAACGAAAUGUAUAUGUGUCCGUACCGCAAUCCCCCGUACUAGAGGGAGAGUUUUUGUAAUAAUCUUUUUUACUGCAUUAUUUUUUGUGUCUCUCACCACUGUCCUCCACAAUCGUGUGUUGUCCCACACAGUUUCAUCUUC